AAUAGCUGUCUGCAGAUGCAUUUGUGUGUUCCCGUGGACUCUGACACAUAAUAGUGAGAUGUGUAGGAUUAUUACAUUCAACGCAGAUUGUAAUUUUCUUUUCAAUUAUUAAAAUGUUUUUGUAGUGAUUCAACGACCCCUGACUUAUGACAACGAGUUCUUCGUUUUGGUAAAUUAUGAGGGAGAAGAGCGACAAAGUCUCCGUGAGCCGUGGAUUCACCUCUUUCCGCUGAGGAAGGCUUUCGGGCACCAACGUUCACGAAAAACGCAUCAAGGAACCACUGUUUGUUUUUCAGGCAGGAAAAGGGCUUAACGCGGCAAAAUGUCUCUCCCCAAUGUGCUGGCAAAAGCUCUGUAUGACAACGCUGCUGAGUCUCCAGAUGAACUAUCCUUCCGUAAGGGGGACAUCCUGACCGUGUUGGAACGCGACACACAAGGGCUUGAUGGCUGGUGGCUCUGUUCACUUCAUGGUCGCCAAGGCAUUGUCCCCGGGAACCGUCUUAAGGUCCUUGUUGGCAUGUAUGAUAAACACCAAGAACAUGGAAGUCCUUCCAUGAUAGUUCCAGCUUCGUCGUGUCCCACUUCCCAGAUGCAGCCAUCUCCCCACACACAGAGUGAAUGCACUCGACCUUCAUCAACUCAGUACACAGGGAUCCCCUCAAUUUACUCCACACCAAAUCCUGCACAGCCCAAAUCUGAUUCUGUCUACAUGAUUCCGCCUUUGAAUGUCCCCAAGCCAAACCCCCAAAUUCUGUACCACGUUCCCUCCUGUCCAAGUGGACCACCUCUUAAUGUCAAAUCAGAACUCACUAUUAGGGCCCCAGCGCUAGCACAAAGUCAGUGGGAGAGUUCUGGCCAAGAUGUCUACCAGGUGCCACCUUCAUUGAGUCUAGGGCUCAACCACAAAAAUCCUCAGGCUGCCUCCUUUGUCGGAAAGGAUGUGUACCAGGUGCCCUCCUCUCUGGAAAAGAGCACCUGGGAGGAAAGCAAGACACUUAGUAAGGGUGUUGCAGUAACUCAUGUGGGCCCAGUCUGUGCCUAUGACACAAUUAAGAAGGAUCAUGAUAAGUGUGAUGGUCCACCCAGACAUCAACUUUUAACCCAGCAGGACAUAUAUGAUGUGCCUCCUACCCGUGAAAAAUACAACACCCAGGUUUAUGAUUUCCCACCCACCGUAAGUAAAGAUGUACCUGGCACGCAUCUAAGAAAAGAAGAAACCUAUGAUGUGCCAUCCCAUUUAACGAAAAAGAAACCCCAAGCCUCCACUCCUUCUGACCAGUGCAUGUUAAGUAGUCUGAACGAAGACUGCAAACAGAAUCCAUUGCCUGAGGAUGUGUACGAUGUCCCGCCCCCUACAUUAACCCAAAAACUUGGACAAAGAGAUAAACUUAGCUUGUCAGAUCAGGACAUAUACAACUUUCCAGCUAGCGUGCACCAUGGAGGUCCACCUACCAUGGGUGUAUAUGACAUCCCGAGAGAGCUCGAGGAGCGAGGAGGGAGCGAAUGCACAAAUAUCUACGAUGUUCCUCCACAGGUUGUCCGUGACGCCCAGUUCCCAAGUGAGGAGCUCCAGUGGGCAUUCAAGCGACUCUCUGCCUCAAGCACAGGGAGCACGCUUAGCAACAACUCCGCUUCAUGCUUGGAUGUGCUCCCUGUCACUGACAAUGACUUUUUCUCACAUUCACCUGCGGCAAGCUUAUUUACUGGUAAACCCCUUCUUUUAGACCUGGACGCAGCCAUGGAGCGACUUGCCCGCCUUCAACAAGCUGUGGAGUUGAGUGUCUCUGUAAUGAUGUCAUUCAUCACAAACAACUGGCGAAGCCCAGAUAACUUGGUGGGGAAUCUUCCAGCCAUUUGCCAGGCUGGUGAUCGGGUUUGUGUUACUCUCCGAGACUUUCUAGAAUUUUCACGGGGUGCUGUAGCAAAUGCUGGCCAGGCCACAGACCAUUCCCUACAGACCAAAUUGGGCCGACAGGUGGGCAAAAUGGAGGAGGUCUUUCAGAGUUUGAUUAAGCAGACUCAGAGUUUAGAUGCCAUUUCUCGGUUACAUACAGAACUCGCCAAACUGCAACCAGGAGAUGUCUUAGAUCAACUAAUAAUGACAGUCCGUGGAAUCCCUGAUGACACAAAACAGCUUUCUUCCUUUCUCCACGGAAAUGGCUCACUGCUCUUCAAACGGAGUCCCCAGCAACAGCUACCGCUUCCUCCAUUACCAGGAAGGAUUAGCUGUCACGUGACAGGACCAGAAGGUGGGAGCUAUCAUGCAGGAGAGAGGAUAAACAUUCAGUCAAGACCCUUACCCUCACCACCAAAGUUUGCAGCUGCAGAGGAAGAGGGAGCUGAUGACAGACCUUAUGAGACCACUGAGGAAGGAUGGAUGGAGGACUAUGACUAUGUGCAUUUACAGGGUAAGGAAGAGUUUGAGAAGAGCCAAAGACAACUGAUGGAGAAAGGCAGCAUAAACAAGACACAAUUGGAGCAGCAACAGAUCAAACAGUUUGAACGACUGGAGCAGGAAGUGAGCCGACCGAUCAACAAUGACUUGACUGGUUGGGUUCCAUCGUUGAUUCAAUCACAAGCCAAUCAGUCUACUCAAAAUGGCUCCUCGAAACUGUGCCACGCUGACCGGCAACUUCUUCUUUUCUACCUAGAGCAGUCUGUGCAGAACUUCACAACUGUCAACAACGCUAUUGAUGCCUUUUUUACUGCCAUCAACUCCAAUCAACUGCCUAAGGUCUUUGUGGCUCACAGCAAACUUAUCAUCCUUAGCGCACACAAGCUAGUUUUCAUUGGUGACACACUAUCCCGUCAGGCCAAGUCACCUGAAGUGAGAGUAGAGGUUGGUCGGAGCAGCAACACCCUCUGUAAUAAACUCAAAGACAUUGUAAUCAGUACAAAGACAGCAGCGCUGCAAUAUCCAUCACCUGGAGCUGCCAGGGAAAUGAGUGAAAAAGUUAGGGAGCUGGCAGGAUGUACCCAGCAAUUCAAAAUUGUGCUGGGACAGCUGCUGAUGCUCUAGACUCAAAGAUCGGAUAAAAGGACAAAAAGAGAUGCCAAGAGGAUGAAUUCCUCGCUGGCAUGCAUAGUGAUAACCAAGCAGUGUUGUACAGGGGUGGAAACCUGAAAAACAUUGGCACAAUAUUAUUAAUAUAUUUGUUUCUUAAAUAAUAUAGCAUGAGAGACGCUAUAAGGAGUCUAAAAUGCAGGAGUGCAAUUCACAGAAGCCCUUGCCCUGACCAGAUAGACAUCGAUAUGAACGGGUAAAUUGGCAGAGAGAGAAUAUAUAUGUAUAGAGAGAGAGAGAGAAUUUGUAUAUGUAUAGAUUCACAGUGAAAAUGAAUAUCAUGCACUAUGCAAAAUAUAAAAUGUCCUGUUUUAGAACGUCUAUCAUGAGUAUGUAUAAAUAACAUGCAGAAAAAUAAAUGUACGUAUAAGUGGUUGUGAGUUGUUGUUGGGCAGUUUCACUGAUGCCAUACCGAAUCAUAGUGAAUGCCAUGAGGCAGAUGGAUGAAGGUGGAGAGCUUGAGAAAGAUAUUGAAACAAGUUUACCAUAAACUGCAAUGCUCCUGAUGUUGCAUUAUACGUGUGCGAAUGAGCUCAGAGCUCCUUUAAAGCAAUUGAUCAGUGAAGUCUAUAAUUUUAAUUGGUGUUUUUAUGAGAUUUCAUAUGCAGUAUUUGACACGUUUAACCAUUUUUUCGCUUAAAACAUAUUUGCGAAGGUGCUAUUCACAUGAAGAGUUAACUAGAUAUUGGGAAUAGCCCAAGUAAUCCAUACAUACCAAAAAAAGGAGAACAAAUUCAGAAAUUAAGUUUUGUGUAAUGACUUCAAAUGACAGUAACUGUUUUGUGUGUGUCGUGUUCGACUUCGAUCAAGCAGGAUGGAGAUUCUCCAUCCCCUUUAUGCCAGAAUAGUUUUACUGUGUCACUGUGGAGUUUUUGAACUUCCUCUAUGAUUUCUUCGUAUUUCGUGGUAUUUAAGUUUUAUUGAGGAUCAGAGUCAAUCAGUCAAACAGAACAAAACAAUAGGGUAAAAUUGCCCCAGUACCUUCACCCGGUUGUGAGAUGCUCUAUUCUUUGAAAAGAGCUUCUGUCAGAAGGGGCAUGUUCGUCUCCCACAGUCGGGGUCACAGCGUGUUUUCAAUGUUGAAUGUCGGGUGACAUCCCGGGCAGGAGAUAGUCAAUAUGGCGACCACUUGGAUGUCGAAUGACACUUCUGCAACUUUGCGCAUGGAUGACGCGCUAUCCACUCAUAUUUAUUUUUUUCGUAUAGACAUUGAAGUGAAUAACGUUAUGUAUUUUUCAUUACAAUAUCUAUUUUAGAAUGUUUAUAGGGAUGACACUUGGGCUUUAAAGUGCCAGUGACACAGAACUUUAUUUUAUAUUGUUAUCAGAACUACAAAUAAUAUUAAUCACUUUGAUGAUAAUACCAAAAGUGUCAGCAAAAGUGAGCUGGUAGCGUUGUAUCCAAGCUCAAAGUUGCGUAAGUCUGACUCGACACAAUGCGCAUCUCAUUGGCGGCUGAAUUUGUCUGACGUCAUGUGCAGGCAUCACACUGGAGCCCUGGCAUUAAAAAUACGCUGCGCCGAAUGCAAUGGAAGAUGAACGAGAGUGAUUUUCAGAUUUUUCUGACGCCUCUUCUGAGACUAAAGCUCUUUUUGAGGAAGAAAACAUCUCAUAAGCAUGAUGAAUGAAGAAAAUGAGAGAGAUGGAAAAGUAGAUGAGCCAAGUGUGAAGGACCAGGAUGUGGCAAUGAUUAGUAAGGGGGAAAAGCAACAACAAUGGUAACCAGGGAACAGUAUUUGCUUGAACAAAUGGAUCGAAAUGACCAGAAGAUUAGUUUUAAUGACGCUCCAAGAAAUGAUCAAGAAGGUGGCAGUGUGGAUGGUAUGUGGAGCAGAGAGCAAUGGCGAGUAGGUCAUCAUAACGUGACUAAAAUGGAUCACGAGAGAUGAUCUCCGCAGCUUUCUCCGCCAAGCAACUUUUAUUGACAGGUGCA